CCGGGGCAGUGAGACACCGCUUCCGGGUCGCGGGGCGAGGCGGCCCUUAAAGGGCCACGGCCCUCCUGCCUCAGACUGAGCCGCGGGUCCUGCGGCCGCAUGAGCCGCGCGCGGGGGGCGCUGUGCCGGGCCUGCCUCGCGCUGGCAGCAGCCCUGGCGGCGCUGCUACUGCUGCCGCUACCCGUGCCCCGCGCCCGGACACCGCCCCCCGCCCUCGGGCCCCCUCCCCGCCCUUGCGCGGCCCCCGCCCGGCCCGCUGCCCCCAGCCUGCUCGCGGACGACGUCUUCAUAGCAGUCAAGACCACCCGCAAAAACCACCGGCCGCGCCUCGCGCUGCUUUUGCGCACCUGGAUCUCCCGGGCCCGCCGGCAGACUUUCAUCUUCACCGAUGGGGACGACCCAGAACUCCAGCUCCAGGGAGGCACUCACGUGAUCAACACCAACUGCUCUGCGGUGCACACCCGCCAGGCACUGUGCUGCAAGAUGUCUGUGGAGUAUGACAAGUUCAUCGAGUCUGGACGCAAGUGGUUCUGCCACGUCGAUGAUGACAACUUCGUGAACCCUGGGGUCCUGCUGCAGCUACUGUCCACCUUCUCCCCCAGCCAGGACGUCUACCUGGGGCGGCCCAGCCUGGAUCACCCUAUCGAGGCCACAGAGCGGGUCCAGGGGGUCAGGACGAUGACCACUGUCAAGUUUUGGUUCGCCACAGGAGGGGCAGGGUUCUGCCUCAGCAGAGGGCUGGCCCUCAAGAUGAGCCCGUGGGCCAGCCUGGGCGGCUUCAUGAGCACAGCUGAGCGAAUGCGCCUUCCCGACGACUGCACAGUGGGGUACAUUGUGGAGGGGCUGCUGGGCGUCCGCCUGCUGUCCAGCCCCCUCUUCCACUCCCACCUGGAAAAUCUGCAGCGGUUGUCCCCCGAGGCUGUGCUCCAGCAGGUCACUCUGAGCUAUGGUGGCCCCGAGAACCCACAGAAUGUGGUGGAUGUGGCAGGGGGCUUCAGUCUGCAGCAGGACCCUACUCGGUUCAAGUCGGUCCACUGUCUUCUCUACCCAGACACAGACUGGUGUCCACUGCGGAAGCAGGGUGCCCUCACCUCUAGGUGACCCUUGUCUCCAGGGGCAGGUGGGCACAGAAACAUACCCACCAGCCUCAGUGGGCCUCCUUGAGUGUCCACAAUUCCACCCAGGAGCCUGCUGCCCAACAGCACUUGGGGGUCACUCUGGGAGUGUGAGCCCCGCCCUGAGGAGGCAAAGGGUGCUGCCUCCAGAGCCUCGCCCCCAGGGAUGCCUCCCCAAGCCUGAGGGGUCCCAGGUUGGGAUACCACAUGGAGUUCUUUAGCCAGCCUUGGGAGCACAGAGUCUGCCAUUGGGGUGAUGCCCUCUCCCACACCAGCCGGGAUGACAGUCUGAGGGGCCCCACACACAGACUCUUCCUUACUCCCCUUCCUUUCUGGAUGUUAAUCUCUUUUCAGAAUCCAUCAAACUGGGCAAUCCUGGUCGCCUGCUGCCUCAGGUGGCUGACUCUACUCUCACUCACCAAUGCCCCCUCAGCCCCAAGUCCACAGACAGCAGGAGCUUCCAUAAGGGGCCCCAACCUCUGACUUCAGAGGUCUCUCAGAGAGGAUAGGGGCUGAGGGCAGCCAGUGCCUUCCUUUGGUGCUACUAUAAUAAGUGAAUAAAGGCUUGACUGUUACUCUU